AUGGCGCCGGCAACAAAGCGCAGGAAGCUGAAGCACGAGGACGAGAGUAGCGAACCCGACGGGAGCGCCGCGGACAACCAUGUUGACGGCGCAUUUCCGAGCGACAAUGAUGAGCGCGACGUAAACGAUGGCUCGAUGGAUGAUCUGGAGCUUGUCAGUGAUAACGGGAGCUCAACCGAGGCUUCCCUUGAGGAAGAUGACGAAGACGAGGAUAUUGAAGAGGAAGAAGAGGUGGCGAUUGAGACUGUAACAAAGCAGCAGAGAGUUGCAACGAAUGCACAGGAUGGGGGAAAAGCGAAACCGCACAGACAUUCAGAUGCGCAACUGCAAGACGGAACUUAUACAGCGGAGACAUUCAAGUCGAAUGUGUUCAAGCUACAAGUCGACGAACUUCUGGAUCAGGUGAAGCUGAAGUACAGCAAGAAGGAAGCAUCAGCGGAGAAUGCCAUGCGGACGCUGAAAAUCAUUAUCGAGCAACUUCCGAGCCGGGAACCACAAUUGCUCGCUGGAGCAGAGACGAGUCUUAAAGCAUCCGGUGUAGCGAUCCCGUUCCCAAGCCCGCCUCCGCCGACCGAUGUAAAAUACAAAUUUCGAUAUGAGCGCCCUGCAAGCAUAAAUGCUACCGGCAGCUACCCACUGAAGACUGCGACCCGGUCGGAAGAGGGCAUAGGUAUCGACCUUGUCGUGACAAUGCCGAAGGCUAUCUUCCAGGAAAAGGACUACUUGAACUACCGAUAUUUCUACAAGCGCGCAUUCUACCUGGCAUGUUUGGCAGCUGGCAUAAAGAAGUCGAAGGAGCACAAAUUCAAGUUGUCGUUUGAUUGCUUAAACGGGAAUCAGCUGCAGCCUAUACUUGUCGUUCGACCGAACGGCAACGGCGAUGGCGAUGACUUUUCAAAUUCGAAGUGCCGCAUUGACAUCCUCCUAGCAAUGCCUGAAGGCAUUUUCCCGGAUGCGAAACUGCUUCCAAAGGCAAACUGUAUACGGCCCAAAGGCGAUGACAUAGAAAGCGACAAUAAGCCCCUCACUUCGACUCCAUUCUACAACAGCACCCUUCGAUCCGAAGUGACCGUCACUCCUUAUCUCAAACUACUCCAUUCCAGCGCUGCGAACUGUGAUGCGUUUCAAGAUGCAUGCAUCUUGGGCAGAAUCUGGCUGAAGCAGCGCGGAUUCGGUAGUGGACUUCGCAAGGGAGGCUUCGGUAACUUCGAGUGGGCAGCACUUAUGGCUCUUCUAAUGCAGCCGAAUCCUGGAGCUGGCGCGCCUCCUCUUUCUAGUGGCUACAGUAGCUAUCAGCUGUUCAAAGGUACCCUUCAGUUUUUAGCCCGGCACGACCUCUCAAAGAAAGCGUUUUCACUCCAGGCACGCGACGUUGCUUUCCCAAAAAGCGGACUAGCUCCGAUAUUCUUCGAUGGUCCACGGGGCUUGAAUAUACUGUUCAAGAUGACAACAUGGUCUUACGCGCAAUUGCACCUCGAGGCUAAGAUCUCUGUUGAUACAUUGGGAGAUGUAUUAUUCGACCAAUUCGAUUCUAUCUUCAUUUUACGCACGGAUCUAAAACGUUACCGGUACGACGCAACCCUGGAACUGCCCAUAGGCGCACUUGGGCUUGAUCCAACCCAGAAAAGUUACGAGGAUCAACUGGCCGGCACUUGCCAGAAAAUCUAUACUACCCUAAUUCGAGCACUUACCGACAGAGUGACGGCUCUGGACUUGUCACUUCGCGCUCAUUCUACCUGGUCGGUCACUACGAGCAGACCCAGUGACGACGCACGAGACCGCCUUCUAAUCAACAUCGCGACCGAUCCAGCCAACGCUAAUCGAACGGUUGAUCAUGGACCAUCAGCGGAAAACAAACAAGAAGCUGCAUCUUUCCGCAAGUUCUGGGGCGAUAAGUCUGAGCUCAGACGCUUCAGAGACGGUAGCAUCCUCGAGAGCGUGGUCUGGUCAACAAAAGAUGCAUCUGUGUCCGUCCUCGAGCACAUCGUCCUUUACAUCCUCGCCAAGCACGUCAACGACGGUAUUCGCGAAAACGCACACUUCACCUAUGACUCUUUUGCUGGAGUAAUCUCAUCUGGUCGUUUACAAGGGCAGUCAGGCGUCACAGCAUUCGCACCGAUUAUGGCAGCUUUUACGCAACUUGAAAAGGAUAUCCGCGAGCUGGAGGAAUUACCACUUUCUGUUCGACAUAUCCGGGGUGCUGAUGCGCAGCUGCGCUACACUUCGGUCGAUGCCCAACAGUCCACACCGGCAUCUAUCGUACUGCAACUUGAAGCCUCCGCACGGUGGCCUGACGACCUGUGCGCCAUCCAAAGAACGAAGAUCGCGUUCCUCCUCAAACUUUCCGAACUGUUGUCUGCUAGCCACAAAACCUACAAGGCUCAGGUUGGGUUGGAGAAUCCAUCACAGCCAUCGCAGAACCAGGCUUUCCUUGAUAUUACCCUCAAAACAGGAAAGCACGGCGUGCCAGACUACGCAUUUCGGCUUCGUAUUCAUCAUGAUCGUGAAGCUACAUUGCUAGAACGACAAUUAAAGGACAAGACGUUGGAUGCGCAAUCGCGUGAGUCCGCUGCUCUAGCGCUUGCGCUAUACAGCCGAGACUUCCUGCGCGUGCUAUCCCAUACGCAAACGGUUCAGAACCUGUGUACACGCCACACGGCGCUUUCGCCGGCUAUACGAUUGACAAAGCGAUGGUUCGACUCGCAUCUUCUAUCACCUCACGUUGCUCCAGAACUCAUCGAGCUUCUAGUUAUUCGCACGUUUCUGCAACCGCACCCCCUGGCCCGUACCUUCAUGUGCCACGACCGGCUUCUUACGGACGCUGGCUUGGAUUAG